UAUCAUAGUGUAAUAUUUACCAUCAAAGACUGAAAAUGUUUCAAACAAAAAUUAUAAUUUUUAUACUUACCCUACUUUGGUUGAUAAUCUUCCCAGUUGCUCAUUUAGCUUCGGUAAGAUUGUAUUUUUCAAAAUGCGGAACUAAUGGCUUUACAUGCAUUACAAAUGCUGUGACCAAAAAAUGGGAUAUAACUUAUCAAUGUCCAAAUGGAGUAAACGAUAUCACCUUAUACAUCAAUCAGUUUACUGCUCCACAAACUCUUCAGGAUUUCAAAAUUCAAAACUGCCAGUCUGUCACCAUCCUUACUCGAUGUAGUAACGAGAAUAAACCUAUUAAGACAUUGCAAAUUGCUAACGUAGCCCACUUAUCUAUCCAGCGAGCUCCAUAUGAACCUUGGCUGCCACCUACAGUUAUUUUUGAAAACAUUUCAUAUAUCGAUGAAAUUCCUGCGAAGACAUUUGGCCAAAUUGACAAAUCUAUUUAUACGACUGGAUGUUUUGUGCACCCAAUAGAGUUUCAAAAUGUCUUAUUCAAGAACGUCACUAUUGGAGCAAUAAAGUCUGAAGCAUUUGUGGCUCAUCAUAAUUUUCAUAAUUUUACUUUUCUGAAUGUCACUGUAGGGACUAUUCAAACUUCUGCCAUAAAUAUUAGGCACGAUCUUUCUGGUCAGUUUGAGAUAAUGCAUAGUAACAUUAAAGAGAUAGAGCCUUUGGGUAUUCGGAUUUAUGGUAAAAAAGCAGUAUUUGCUAUGAACGAUCUUAAGGAAGUUGCUUCUAGCGGAAUUAAUGCUACCACGGAACAUUUUUAUUUCACCGGAAAUACAGUUGGAACCCUCCAAGCUCAAGCAUUUGCAGUCUUAUCAACUAACAUAUAUAUUUUGGAUAACAAUUUUCAAUCCGUGAAAUGCGGUGCUUUUGAGAAGUUAAGUCCCGGUCUCUUGCAAGAUUCUGGUAGAAAUUUUGGCAAACUCAACUUCAUUUACGACUUUAGUAAAAAUACACUGCAUGACUUAGAAAUUGGAAGCCUACAUCCGGACUAUGCGUCAUAUGAAAAUGUUCGUACCGAAAUGAUGUUUGGUAAAAAUAAAAUAAUGUGCUCUUGUGAAAACUUAGGAUGGCUGUUUUUGCCAGCUGUAAUGGACCAAUUAAUAGGUGGGCCAUUUUACGAAAUGGUGAUGGAUGAUAGCUAUGGUAACAUGUGUGCAAACAUGCAUAAUAGUAGCUGCAAAUUUCAUAUUAGUGUCGUUAAUAAAUUGAUACAAUGUGGAAAGUGUUUGUCUAAUAUUACGUUAAAGGAGGAAUGUGAAAAAGUCCCUACCAUACAUUAUACUACUGAGGGAGCCAAUUUAAAUGUAUUGAGUAAUAGUAGUGUUGCUCCGAGUAACUAUAUCACUAGCUUUAGUUUUAGCCAUAACAAAUCAAGUAUAUUAAUUCGUUUACUAUUUCUUAAUAUAGUUUUGUUAUUAGAUUAUUAAUUUUUUUUCAUAUAAAAGACUUGUUUAAUAUUACCUUCUUUCCAUAUUUGUUGCUCUUUUACAGGACGUCAACUUCAAUGAGUUUAGUAUUCCAAGAAAUAUUGCUGGUUUAAAAAUUGUAUAUUGCCAUUAUCAUAACAUAUUUUAUCAAUGUAAUAACAAUAAUAAUAAAUAUAACAAAAUUUUUACUAUAACGUACAUUUUUACUAUAAUGUACCUACUUAUCUAGAGUUUCGCCAUAGGGACUUUGAAACAAAAUAUUAAGAAUUUUUGAAUAUUUUGUUACAACUAUGUAAUAGAGUGUAUAUAGAGAGCUUCAUAUUAAUUGUUGCUACUACUUAUAGUAAUUUUGGAAAACAUAUGCUAUAUGAGUUAUUUCCUGCUACUGGAUACUAUCAAUAAUAAAAUUGGAAAACGUCUUAUUUAAGAACGUUGGUAUUGGAGCAAUAAAAUCUUAAGCCCUUGUGAUAAUAGGUGCUAUGUGAAAAGUGUAUUUUAGAGAAGAAAUCCCUACAAAAAAUUAAACUACCAAAGGAAGUACUUUAAAUGUGUCAAGUUAUGAAAAUAUUGCUCAUAGUUCAUCAGCUCUAGUUCUAGAGGUAAUAAACUGAGUGUAUUAAUUAGCCUACUAUUUCCUAGUUUUAUUAAUAGAUUAAUAAUGUUUACUAACGAUAUUGUAAAAUUUUGUAUUUAAAUAAUCUGUAUAUGUCACCUUUUAUUUCAUUAAAUAUUGAGGAUUUCCAAAUAUAAAACUGCCAGUCUCUCACCUCUACUUGAUGAUAUAGCAAAAUAUUUUUAAUAUUUUGUUCAAAAACCUCUCUAUAAUAAUAAAUUUUUAAGUUUUUGCUUUUUAAAUUACUUUUCUGAAUGUCACUAUAGUCUUAAAAGUCUCUUCUAUUACAACCUUCUAGAAUAAAUGUUACUCAUGAUCUUAGUAAUCGAUGUAGCUAAAGUUUUUGAUAAAAUACUUCCUAUUAGAUUGAUUCCUGAUAAAUUGCAGUCUCAGUUACUCUUAGUAUCAGUUGCAGGCUUCCUAUUUCUAUCAAAAACUUCAGUUGCAGAUGGAAUCUAAUGAUAACCCUACUAAAACAUUACAAACUAUUAAUGCAAGGCCAAUAUUAUGUAAAAUAUUUAGUGAAAAAGUCAAAACGCUGUUGACUAAUUUGCAUUUUAUAUGUGUGAAAUGUAUAAUUUUAGUGCUUUUUUAGUAUUUUGUGAGUAAUGUAUGUGAUAUGGGGGCUUUGCAGUAAGUAAACGUGCGUAAGAAUUUA